AUGUUUGCUGAUAGAACCGUGAAGGUUCCUGUCCGUGACCUCUCCCUUUGGCUCAACACUCUUGAAGCUGGUGGUCAACAUACGCCUUAUCGUAAAUUUUCUGCUUUGUCUACUCCGGAACUGCGAGAAGAGUUGCAGAAGGCGCUCUCUGAUCGAGGAGUGACGUGCUCAAUCGAAGAAACCGGGAAGUACCUCGGUGUUAAUCUUCGAUUUUCUGGUGGUUCCCUAGUGUUGGUAUGUGAACGCCUGGCUCGGCUCAAUCAAGCGGCCGAUAAGGCUGAGGAGAUACUGAAGUCGUCAUCCUUCACUCGACGAGAGAUCUUUGGGCUAGCUGGUCUAUUGGGGUGUGGCUGGAAUGAGCUCGGUUCAUCUCUCCUCGUGGGAUGCUUUGAUUCCUAUAGUGUCUUCUCCGGCUAUGUUACCCUUGUUGAAAUGGGUUAUUGA